AUGCUCAGGAUUGUCAGCGACUUCAGCUCCAGCGCUUUUGUCCUCCAAUGGUCUGACUGCCCUGGUCGAUGUCGCGCAAAUUCUGCUCCCUUCGCUGGCUGGUCUUGGAAGGAAGAAGCGGGAGAUGGAGGACGAGGAGCCGGGGACGAGGGGAAUCUGAAGACGCCUUACGUUGCCGGGCUUCUCGUCGCUGUGGCAGACGUCGCGAGUGCAAUGGAGUGUCCUCCACCAGCGAAUUGCGCGAGAAGGGGAGAGGGAGGGAAGCAGGAGACGAGGCGAAGUCGAAAAAGGCUCGACGCUCAGCCCACUUCUCCUCGUGCGCCUCGCCGAUUUGCCGUACGACAACGCAAGGCUUUUGUCGUCUCGGCCUCCCUCGCACCUCGCCUCGAGUUUUGCGAAGGUCACACGCUCGUCGUCCCGAGCCUCGCACCUGCACACCCUCUCCUCGCGCCUCUUCCGCUCUUCCCCUUCACGCUGCGCAUGCUCAGACGCCUCGAACGACUCGCACAGCACAUGGCGUCCACCCAGGGACGACUCGCUCAGGCCGACCAGGGGGAGGGGAAUAGGGAGGUGCGACCCGGUCGUCUGGGUUGCGAACUGCGACGGCGUCAGGUCGUGCGGGACGGGUUGGCUGCCGUGAGACUUGGAAGCGCGGGCGAGGGAAGAAGGAGGCACGCAGCGCUUGAGCAGAGAGUGUACUCGAGAAGCGCGUUCGUCAAGGAGAAGCGAGGUUGGAGAGUCGACGAACUCGCCCAGCGUUCCGCUCAACGACCUUCCCGCCCUGUUUGCCUGUUCGCACACGUGACAUCGAGCUGCCAGACUGCCUGUGAGCUCCGCCACAAGGCUUCUCCCGUGCGAAGGUCACACGCUCAUCCUGUUGCCGAGAUGCUCCCGUCUCUCGUCCUCCUCCCGCACACUCACUCUCUUCCAGCUCCAGCGUACACCCGCAGAAAGCCAUGGCAUCGACGCAGCCACACCCACCCGCAGACACCUCCUCGACGACGGUCGCACACCUUGACGCCCCACUCAAGCACUUUCCCCCGCCGCGCUGGGUCGCAGACGCUCGCCAACUCGCGCAGUGCUCGUGCGUGA